UGCGAAGCCACUAGUAUUGCACUACAUUGCACCGUUGGUUAGACUGGGUGAUUCCACGUGGCAGCGUAGACUCCAAUAUUUUUCUGUAAUCGUCCACGCCGGUGACACAUGAUCAGAAUGGUCCUGAGCUCUCCGAAAGUAAAAUUUUACAACGGCAACGAAGUGCCAAUCUUCGGCCUGGGAACGUGGAAGUCUAAACCAGGAGAAGUUACGCAAGCUGUAAAAGAUGCCAUUGACAUUGGCUACAGACACAUCGAUGGUGCUCAUGUGUAUGGUAAUGAGAAGGAAGUCGGCGUCGCCAUUAAGGACAAAAUAGCGGAGGGCGUUGUGAAGAGAGAAGAUCUGUUCGUCACUAGCAAGCUGUGGAAUACUUUUCACAAGCCUGAUCUAGUUGAGCCAGCCCUAAAACAAACGCUAGCUGAUCUUGGCCUUGAUUACGUAGAUCUUUAUUUAAUUCACUGGCCAUUUGGAUACAAAGAGGGCACAGAGCUUUUCCCUACAAAUCCCGACGGUAGCACGGCACUCAGCGACGUAGAUUAUCUUGAUACUUGGAAAGCAAUGGAAAAUGUAUUGGCCAAAGGUCUGACGAAAAAUAUUGGUGUCAGUAAUUUUAAUUCCGAGCAGAUUACCAGGUUACUCAAAAAUGCAACGGUUAAACCUGUUACAAAUCAGGUUGAAUGUCAUCCAUACUUGACACAAAAAAAACUGUCAGAUUUCUGUAAGGAAAAGGACAUCCUUAUUACAGCGUACAGUCCACUUGGAUCACCAGACAGGCCGUGGGCCAAGCCAGACGAUCCAAAAUUAUUGGAUGACAAGAAAUUAAUUGAACUUGGACAGAAGUACAAGAAGACUCCUGCACAAAUACUGAUUCGUUAUCAAAUAGAUCGUGGCCAUAUAGUGAUCCCCAAGUCAGUUACCAAGUCACGAAUCGCUCAGAACAUGGAGGUAUUUGACUUUAAACUUUCACCUGAAGACAUUGCUUAUAUUGACACCUUUGAUUGCAACGGAAGAAUUUGUCCAGUAGAAGGUGGGCGUUCCAGUCCCUAUUACCCGUUUAAUAUUCCAUUCUAAUCAAAAUGAAAGAGUAAGAUUACGAUAUAUCUACGUUCGUCAUUUACUAAACUUUUUGCAUUGAAAUAUAUUUUUUAAUUACUGAUUAAUUUGUGCAUACACAUAGAUUUCAAUAUUACAUUAGAUCGCUAACAGUGGUCAAUAAGUUUUAGUAAUCGAGUUUGUUAAUCAAUUUUAGCUAUUUUUAAAAAACGCUUGUAAAAGUAAUUCAAGAAAACAA